CACAGCCGAAUGAGCGCUGGGGGUUCUGUGUAAAGAACUCCAGCAGAGAGCGCCGGGUAUCGGCGUAUCGAUUAUCUAUCAGUCCCUGAUGGCUUACCUCUCUGCUGGGCUUGGCAGUGUUGCCAUAGCAACGCGGUCUUGUGGCGGGAGCAAUGGUGGGGGAGAUGGGAAUGGAAUAUGAAACCUUCCUAGGGAGAUGCAGUGUGAGUUAAGCUCCCCCGGAAGCUAAGACCUCUAAAGACAAAGAGGCUUACUCUGCAGACACCGAGGCUGAAGAUGGGCUCUCUUCACUGGGCUCGUGGGCCUGAGCAGCCCUGGAGUGCUGCUGGGUCUCUGUGGGGAUGGGCCAUGUCGAGGCUGCACCUGGACCGAACAACAAGGUUCUUUCAAGGAGAUGAAGAGAUGCUGGUUUUGACCCAGAGUGAUGAGUUAAACCGAAGUUACUGUGAGGACAACAGAUCAGCCUUUAACAACAUCACAAGCAAUAUUAAUCCACAUUUUGAUGACAUCAGAAUAAACAGCAGACCGUCAUCAAGAGAAGACAGACACAAAGAUGAGCCCUCUAUAGCAGCUCAUAACAGAGCCACCAGCCCCUUAGGAUGGGAAAGCCCAGCCUUUAAAGAAACCAGGGCUACUGUAAUCUCCACUGGAACCAAGACCUUCACCAUAACGUCCGCUGUCUCUACUGAAGACCCCUUUUGGUUGGAAAAUACCAGAAGCUAUGAAAAAGAAAAAAGAUUAUCUGAGCUGCAAGGUGACAAGAUGGGAAGCGAGAGUUGGGAGAAUCAAGGUUCCAGCCAGAACCAGAAGAAGAAGAACAAGAAGAAGUCCAUCAGACCAUCUGGGCUUCCUAGAGGGAAAGUGGUAAAAUGGAGAGUUUCAGGAGAUGUAGAGAAGAAUCAAGAGGGGGAGAAAACCGUAGAAGGGAUGUCUCAGCUCUGUACAAGCCUUGAAAAACAGAGUGGGAGCAUGAGUUUGGUUACUUCAGUUCAGAGCCCCGAAACCUGCACCUUGGGUCUGAACCCCUCUCCCACCAUCACAGCCUGGGAAGCCGGCUGGAACGUCACCAAUGCUAUACAGGCUGUUUGUCAGGCACUCGCGAGCCUUGAUAAUUAAAUUAAGUGUGAAUAAAAUCGUUUUUAAAAAAAAUGACAGUCCCCCGGUCACAGCGUG